AUGAAACCUCCUCCGGCGAAGCUAUGCGGCUCCCUAGAAGGUCCACCGAUCACAGCACCGCGGAUAAAGCUGCGAGACGGGAGACAUUUGGCUUACAAAGAGCAUGGACUUCCGAGAGAAAAAGCUAACAACAAAAUCGUCCUCAUCCACGGAUCCGAUAGUUGUCGACACGACGCCGUUUUCGCCACACUCCUGUCUCCGGAUUUAGUGGAGGAGCUAAGCGUGUAUAUGGUUUCGUUCGACAAACCGGGUUAUGGAGAGAGCGAUCCGGAUCCAAACCGUACUCCGAAAAGCUUGGUUUUGGACAUUGAAGAGCUCGCUGAUCAACUGAGUCUUGGAGAGAAGUUCUACGUGCUCGGGAACUCGAUGGGAGGACAAGCAACAUGGGGUUGCCUUAAAUAUAUUCCUCAUAGGUUAGCCGGAGUAGCUUUGGUUGCUCCGGUGGUUAACUAUUGGUGGAAGAACUUACCUUUGAAUCUUUCCUCGGAAGGUUUUAACUUGCAACCAAGUAGAGACCAGUGGGCGGUUCGUGUGGCUCACUAUGCUCCUUGGCUGACUUACUGGUGGAACACACAGAAAUGGUUCCCAGGUUCGAGUGUUGCGAACCGAGAUGAUGUUAGUUUGUCACAGCCGGAUAAAGAUAUCAUUUUGAAGCUUGGUUCUUCGAAGAGGCCGCAUUUGGAAGAAGUUAGGCAGCAAGGACUACAUGAGAGUGUUAACCGUGACAUGAUCGUGGGAUUUUUAAGUUGGGAAUUCGAUCCUAUAGAGCUCGAGAAUCCGUUCUUGAACAUUAAUGGCUCUGUUCAUUUGUGGCAAGGAGAUGCGGAUAUGUUAGUUCCUGUGACGAUGCAACGUUACAUUGCGGAGAGGCUUCCAUGGCUUCAGUAUCAUGAAGUUGCGCGAAGUGGCCAUUUGUUCCACUUCGCUGAAGGUGUGGUUGAUGACAUUGUUAAGACUCUCUUAACCACAUAA